CAUAUAGUGACGGAGAAAGCGGUUCAAGGCCUAAUAGAGAUCGGAGGCGACGGUGCUGGCGGUUGUCCUCGUCUCAGCCUCGCGUGUUUUUGUCUCUGCUCUUUCAUCUUUCUCUGAAUCUCCGUGUCCAACCUUCCAUAGCAUUAAAAAAAGAACAAUUAUCACGAUCAGAUUCAUGCAAGUAGCUGAUUAAUCAAUCAUCAGUUCUUAUUCUUGUGGUGAUUCCAUUUUUGCCCCCUUUCGUGGCCAGAAACCAUGGCUUUGGGAUCGGUGUCUCGACGGUUGGGGACUAAACUCUUCCCUGCGUUAUCUUCCACUCCAAGGCUACUACAUUCUCACGCCACCAGUUUUGGGUUUAAACGUGUAAACGAAGAAGAUAAGGCUCGCAUGGUUGGUGAUGUCUUCACGAACGUUGCUUCGAGCUACGAUUUAAUGAAUGACCUAAUGAGUGCUGGAUUGCACAGAUUGUGGAAGGAUAGGUUAGUUUCCAAGCUGAAUCCGUUUCCUGGAAUGAAGCAUCUUGACGUGGCUGGUGGCACAGGGGAUGUUGCUUUUAGAAUCUUGGAGAGCAUAAACAAAGUUAAGCUGAGAGGACUUCAAGAUGUUUUUCAAGAUACUUUAGAGGCAGAAACUCGGAUUUAUGUAUGUGAUAUUAACCCUCAGAUGUUAAAUGUUGGCAGACAGCGUGCCUUGGAGAAGGGUUUUGGAGAAGAUGGUUCCCUUGUAUGGGUGGAGGGAAAUGCUGAAAGCUUGAGUUUCCAAAAUGAUUCAAUGGAUGGUUAUACUAUUGCAUUUGGGAUAAGAAAUGUCACACACAUAGAGAAAGUACUCAGUGAAGCUCAUAGGGUAUUGAAACCAGGAGGAAGGUUCCUUUGCCUUGAACUUAGCCACGUUGGUAUUCCUAUAUUUAAAGAUUUGUAUGAUUAUUAUUCUUUCUCAGUUAUUCCAUACAUGGGCGAGCUGGUUGCUGGUGAUCGAGAAUCCUAUCAGUACUUAGUUGAGAGUAUCAGGCGUUUCCCCUCACAGGAAAAAUUUGCAUCAAUGAUAGCCAAUGCUGGGUUCCAGAAAGUAGAGUAUGAGAAUCUAGUCGGGGGAGUGGUUGCUGUCCAUUCAGGGCUAAAAAUCUGAUAUCCUUAGGAACUUUGCUCUCUAUUAUAGCCAAUAAUUCAUGAAUUGAGAUUGAAGAUCGAACGUGAUGUUAUUCAUUAGAAGUCGUAGAGAAGAUUUGUACUGUUAGAAUGUGUACUGUAAUUUCCACCGGAUGGCGCUUUCAAUUCUUUUGGUGUAAUAAUAUUUAA